CUUAUUUUAAAUAUCGGAAUGGUUUUAUCUCUCGACAAUCUUCCCGAAGAAGUGCUUUAUUCUAUCCUAUGUUAUUGCCACCCCACUUCCUCAGCUGCACUGCAACAGACAGCUCGCCGGUUCAGAAAUGUAACGAAUGAGCCUUUACUAUGGCGUUUCUACUGCAAAACUCACUUCAAGCAAUGGGAUCAUAGACACAGACUGCCAGAGAAACUCGCUGGCCCUGUCAGAUCAGUUAGCUGGAAAGCUCUUUACGUAUCCAGGCAUCACAUCGACCGCGUGACUAGCAGUCUCCUGGACAGAAUCAUUGCGAGUCAAACUGGGCGGAUCAAUAAAUUUCGGAUGGUUGUCGAUUUUGGAUACGAUACCAAAGACACUCUCUUACGGCACCUCUCUGUAGGACCGGAAGCAGAGGACUAUUUAGCAAGAAGAUAUUACGCACAGGCACUGUUAACCCAGCUCAACCGAGGCCUUGCAAUUGCAGAAUGGGCAAAAGUAAGGACUGGUGAGAUUGUAUCUCUCGAGAGAGCAUUGGGUGCUUUCGAUCUUUUUAUUCCAAAGGAUGGUGAUGGGAGUCCAGAUGAUAUAACUACAAAACUAAAUGAGAUUGCUAUACAGUUUAUCUCCAAUUUUCCUAAUAUAGGCCAACUCUCGCCCCGUGAGAAGGCCUUGGCCGUGGCAUCAUACUUGAGGACAAACAAUCUGACAGGCAUUGAGCCAGGACGAGAGUACCACCGAUUGGAACACAAUUUCCUGGGGGUUGUAUUAGAUGAUCCCGAUCAUAAUGCACUUCCUUUGGUCUCAGCAGCUAUCUAUUGCUAUGUUGCGCAAAAGCUUGGCCUGAAUGCCCGGCCUUGUGGUUUUCCCUUGCAUGUCCACGUCAUUGUCACGCCAGCACUGGGCUUUGAUAUUGAUGGAAAUGCGCUCAAUUUCGCGGAACAAGGUGAACCCAUGUACUUGGAUCCGUUUCAUUCACAACAAGAGACGCAUAUUUCAAACUUACAGAAUCAAUUGCUUCUUUUGGGGGCUUCCGACAUCGAACGAUCGAAUUUUCUGGGCGAAUCUUCAAUAUCGCAAAUAGUCCUACGAUGCGGAAGGAAUAUCUUGACUUCGAUCCAACGCAUGCAGUUUCCUAACGUGCGCCAGGCACGGAUUGAUGUGGCGAGUGCAAAGUAUGCUGCAUUUUGGUCGUUUAUGCUUUUCUCAGAGCCUGCCCAGCCAGCGGAGCGUCGGCACUAUUUACCCUGGCUAAUGGAGCUAUUUGCUACGGAUUUCCCAUCUGACGUCUACCUUGUCGAGCAGCAUAUUGUCCCUCUUCUUAGGGGCUUGCCGGAAUAUGAAGAUAUUUUGGGAAGUCUUCAUGACAUACGAGCCAAUGAUGAGAUGCCAAAACAAGUACGGCAUCGAACUACCAGUAACAAGGGUGUAAGAUAUCGGAUAGGUCAGGUCUUUCGGCACCGUCGCUAUAGGUACAAGGCAAUCGUCACCGGGUGGGAUAUGGAAUGUGAGGCCAGUGAAAAUUGGAUGAGAACGAUGGGAAUAGAUCGCCUGCAGACAGGCAGGCACCAGAGUUUUUACCACGUUCUGGUUGAGGACAGAUCAGUCCGCUAUGUAGCCGAGGAAAAUAUCGAGCCGAUUGACCGUUCUCUUGGGGAGCUGCCUUCGAACCUAACCGCAGUGGCUGGGAGGCAUUUCAAGCGAUGGGAUGCGAACACUCGGUCAUUUGUUAGUAACAUACGAGAUGAGUACCCAGAUGACUAGUCACUGCAUCUAUCUGCAAAGACCGGAAAACCCGAGGAUAGAGGACGAUCUAUAUUGUGAAUGGUGUCUGCAGCUGAAGGGGAAAGAAAGAAAAAUGCGGGAAAACAUGUACAUAUUUAUGGUAUAUAAAAAGCCAAAAAUAAGGCUGGGAGCAAUAAUUGGAGGGGAAAUAAAAGUUUUAAAUUGUUAUCAAAAUAAAGAAGG